AUGGCAGACCCCAUACUUGCUCUCGCUGCUCAUCCCCACAGAGACUCUGCUAUGAAACAGAACCGCAUCGACUAUGGACGAUUGCUGUUGUACGUUGCGAAUAUCGCUGUCGACUCGGGCAAAAAGGAACGGCCAACAAUUGUCUGUCAACGAUCUAUCGCAAAAUCUCGACUUCGAAGCACUUUUACUCUCAAGGGUCUUGCGAGACUUGGUGGCGUACAGUCUGGCUUGCAGCCACCCGGACGGCACAUACAGCUCAAAUGCGACAACAGUCCUUCUCGCACAGCCUGGCCGAGCAUCUACGGUUGUGCGCAGUGUCCUGAACAUGCUUCCAUCGAUGCAGUACUGGCCAGAGUAUGUGCGCCAAGACAGAGAACAGGCUCCAACGAGCGGCUUUCCAAUUGGCCAUCAACGCCGACGAGGAAGGUUUCGCUUUUUGUACGACGCGAUUCUGGUCGUCGACAAAAUUGUGGCGACCGAGCAGAAGAUCAGAUGACAACAAGUCACUACGAUUUCAUCAUGAUAUCUCUGUGUGGAGCAUUGGAGCCGACGAAGAAGAAAUGGAGAGAUCUGAUGGUAGCUGCUGGAUUCGAGCUGCAGGUGGUUCGCAUGUACGAUGGUGACGAGGGACACCAGCUUAGCGGAAUCAACGAUGCCGACGCCUUUACCAAGUGCAGGCAGUGUGACGUAGCACAAGAUCUCCAAGACUCCAACUACCAAACGUGGGAGUCAUACGUCAGUUUCUCAUGUGGCGCCUCGGUAUGCUACCCUCGCAUCGCCACCCAGCUUCAACGCCACAUGACGACGUCGCCCCUUUGCCUUUCAACGAACGCGUUGGAAACCGCACCGUUGUGGUGGCCGGGCCGGACAUGGCUGGCCUGGAUGUUUUACAAAACGGCUGGACAACGAGAAAACGGAUGUAACGGCGAAUGCGUCGUUCCGCCAGAGCAAUCGUCAAAAUCCGGGGCACUGGACAACAUCGUUCCAACCACGGACCACAGCGCGUGA